CUCUCUCUCUCUCUCUCUAUCUGCUCUGUUGUCUAAUCAAAAUGUCGAAGCAGACUUACCGGAUUUGCUUUUGUUUUCGCCGGAGAUUCAAGCUCACAGUAGCAGAAGCUCCGAAGGAGAUUAAGUUACUCUUCGAACGCUACUCUGAGAACGGUAUUAUGAGCGUUGAUCAGCUUCAUAGAUUCCUCAUAGAUAUCCAGGGAGAAGAUAAGGCCACCAAAGAGGACGCACAAGCCAUUAUUGAUAGCUUGAAAGAUCUCAAGCACCUCAAUAUCUUCCAUCGCAAGGGUCUCAAUCUUGAAGCCUUCUUCAAGUAUCUCUUCGGAAAUAUCAAUUCUGCUCUCUCGCCUUCCCUUGGGGUGCACCAUGAUAUGACGGCUCCAUUAUCUCAUUACUUUAUAUAUACAGGGCAUAAUUCCUAUUUAACUGGGAAUCAACUUAGCAGUGAUUGCAGUGAUGUACCUAUUGUAAAGGCAUUACAAAGAGGUGUAAGAGUAAUCGAACUGGAUAUUUGGCCAAACUCCACAAAGGACGGUGUUGAUGUUCUUCAUGGAAGGACUCUGACAACCCCUGUAGAACUCAUCAAAUGCUUGAAGUCUAUCAAGGAGCAUGCUUUUUCUGCAUCGUCGCUUCCUGUUGUAAUAACUCUAGAAGAUCACCUUACUCCAGAUCUUCAGGCUAAAGUAGCUGAGAUGGUCACCCAAACGUUUGGAGAUUUGCUGUAUACCCCUGGGUCAGAAGGCUUGAAAGAAUUCCCUUCACCAGCAUCGCUGAUGAAACAUCUCAUUAUUUCAACUAAACCACCCAAAGAAUACCUUGAAGCCAAGAUUGCUAAGGCAAAAGAAAGUGAAUCACAAAAGGGGAAGGAUUCAGCCGAUGAAGAGACUUGGGGGAAGGAAGUCCUAGACCCGAAACAUGCAGUUGAAGCUGCUGAUAAGCAGGAUGAAACAGAUGAGGAAGAAGACCAUCAAAAUGAAGAAGAUCUUGAUGAUGGAGAUCACAAAACACAGCAUGCAGCACCCGAGUAUAGGCGUUUAAUUGCUAUUCAUGCUGGGAAAGCGAAGGGUGGACUUAGUGACUGGCUACAGGUGGAUCCAAAUAAAGUUAGACGUCUUAGCUUGAGUGAACAGGAACUUGAAAAUGCGAUUAUUACUCAUGGAACUGAGAUCAUCAGGUUCACCCAGCAGAAUAUUCUGAGAGUAUACCCAAAGGGUAUACGUGUUAAUUCGUCAAAUUAUAAUCCACUAAUUGCGUGGAUGCAUGGAGCUCAAAUGGUGGCCUUUAAUAUGCAGGGAUAUGGCAGGUCACUCUGGUUGAUGCAUGGAAUGUUCAGAGCAAAUGGAGGCUGUGGCUAUGUAAAAAAACCUGAUUUUCUAUUAAAAGCUGGUCCGAAUAAUGAGGUUUUCGAUCCUAAAGUAAAGUUGCCAGUUAAGAAAACCUUGAAGGUGAAAGUAUAUAUGGGGGACGGAUGGUAUAUGGAUUUUCCUCACACUCAUUUUGAUAUAUACUCCCCUCCGGACUUUUAUACUAGGGUUGGGAUUGCUGGGGUCCCGGCUGAUACAACAAUGAAGAAGACAAAGACAAUCGAGGAUGAUUGGACACCAACUUGGGAUGAGGAGUUUGAAUUCCCUUUGACUGUUCCAGAGCUGGCUUUGCUUCGAAUUGAAGUGCACGAGUAUGACAUGACUGAGAAAGAUGACUUUGGGGGCCAAACAUGUUUACCCGUGUCAGAGUUGAGGACAGGGAUCCGAGCAGUUCCACUUCAUAACCGCAAGGGAGAGAAGUACAACAAUGUAAAGCUUCUUAUGCACUUUGAGUUUGCUUGAGAUCUCUCCUGUGAUGUUUUCAAAGGUUGGGUGUGAUAAUGCCAUGACCAUGCUAUGUUGUGUAUGUAUUGUUUUUUUUUUGGGGGGG